AUGAGCAAGACUGGUCCCUCUGUUAUCGGCGAUGGAUGGAUUAUUCCUGUUGAUAUUGUUGGAUUGGCCACGGGACUCGGGCUCAAGACGGUCGGUGAUUACGGUGUCUUCGGCUUCAAUUUCGGGAGCCCUUAUCGUUCUGAGAACAUGGCCCGGGAUGAGGAUGGGUUUCUCGGUCUCCAGCCGUGCGAAGCGAUAUUGCAGAAACAUAUCAAAGCUCUCCUUGGGAUUUGCCCACGCGCAGGCCAGCCGGGCAUUACGAAUCGCUCUGCAAAUCUCGCCCGCCCCUUGGAUAUGGUCGUGGCAACAGUCACGAUGAUGCAGGCUCUGUCACAUAUCUCUUCGCACCCGACCCUUUUUAGCCGGGAGCAGCUCACGACGACGGGGCCAGCCACACCCCGGGGAUGCUGGAACGGUCGGCUCCACAGCUCACGCCAUGCCGCGCCGCCGGUGUGA